CCGGCUGCGCAGAUCUCGGGCAGGCGUCACCGGACACCCCUCCAGCUUCCCCGCGCGCAGCUCCCGGCGCGAUGGACGGCGCGCUGGCCGCGCAGAUGGGCGAGGCGGUGGCCGAGAAGGUGCUCCGGUACCGGCGAGACCGAUCGGGCUGGAAGAUUUGCCAGGAAGGCAAUGGAGUUUCAGUUUCCUGGAGGCCAUCUGUGGAGUUUCCAGGGAAUCUGUACCGAGGAGAAGGCAUUGUGAAUGGGCCACCAGAGAAGGUGUGGGACUGCAUAAAGCCACUUGCUGGGAGCCUACGAGAGCAGUGGGAUGAGAACGUGUCCCAUUUUGAAGUUAUCCAAAGCAUCACUGAUACGCUGUGCGUAACCAGAACCGCCACCCCCUCGGCCGCCAUGAAGCUCAUCUCCCCCAGAGACUUUGUGGAUGUGGUGCUGGUCAAGAAGUAUGAGGACGGGACCAUCAGUUCCAACGCCACGAAUGUGGAGCAUCCGUCCUGUCCCCCGAAGCCGGGCUACGUGAGAGGGUUUAACCAUCCCUGCGGUUGCUUCUGUGAGCCUAUGCCGGGGGAGCCCGACAAGACCAACCUGGUCACCUUCUUCCAGACCGACCUCAGCGGCUACCUCCCGCGCAGCGUGGUUGACUCCUUCUUUCCGCGCAGCAUGGCUGGAUUUUAUGCCAACCUUCAAAAAGCUGUGACGAAGUUGUAAGACUGCCGUUCUCGCUCAUUGGCCGAGAACUCCCACCACUCGUCGCUGGGACAACAGAGAGUGGGGGAGACCAAGGGCCCGUCUCCGCCCUUCGGAAUCUGCUGGUGGGCAGCUCAUCCCGGGAACACCGGCCCCACCGGCUCCCACUCCUCCUUCCUCCACUCGGGGUGGCGUGGGGAAGCUGGUCAACUGUUCCGCACUCUGCUGGUCGUCCAAACACACCUCCUCUGGCCACCAGACAGGGACUCAGCCCGGGCUCCGCGCGACGCUCGUGAUGCACUGGGGCCCAAAGCCUUUAUGUGCCGGUCACCUCCAGGACCACGGUCCCCUGUUCGUCUAAAAGAAUCAAUACUGGAAACCAGGCUGCUGCCUUUUUAGAGUCUGAGACCCAUGCCGCGGAGCCCCAUGGAUGUUUCCUGGCGCCACGGUGCUGGGUGUUGCCUCUAAAGAGAUGUCAGCCUGGGAAAUGGUGCUUCGAAUAAAUUAGAUGACAUUAAAGACGGAUGCUUCCCGUA